GUCACUGUAGACGCAUGCGGUAUUGUUUAUCGGAGACAAGAUAGGAGAAAAUGUGAUUUGCAUUUUAGUGAUGUAGGACUUUGUGGAGUAAUGCCGUUUUAAUUAUAAGUAUAUAAUAUAAUAAAAAGUCACGCGGUCAAAGAUCAUCUGAUAAAAAUGACUGAUCAAGAUACAAAUAAUAAUGCUCCUCCGUUGCGGGAAAAUUUAGUGAAAACUGCAGUACAGUUUCUACAAAAUCCCAAAGUGUCGUCGAGUUCGUCGAAACAGAAGCAAGAAUUUCUUAAGAGGAAAGGCCUGACAGACGAGGAGAUUAAGACAGCUUUUAAGCUAGCAUCUAUUGACAAUACCACUGAUCGCAAUGUUUUCCAGAAUCAAAAUUUAUAUACCACUGUACAAAUGCCACAAGGACCUGUUUAUCCUUAUCAUCAAACGAGCGUUUACCAAUCGACACUUUUCCAAAAAAUUAAAGAUAUCUUUAAUACAACUGCCUUAGUUGGAGCGACAAUAUAUUUUGUCUAUUGGCUUUAUAAGAAGUUCAUAGGACCCUUUUUAUUUGGUCGAAAAAAGAAGAGCAGUGUAGAAGACAAGAUAACAGAAUUAGACAAGACCGUUCAGGAUUCAAUGAGAGAAGUAAAAGACUCUAUUUUAAAGAUGGAGGGUGAUGUGCAAAAACUAGCUCAGCAUCAAGCAAUGGAUCCUACUAUUCCACAAUUGGUGCAUGAAUUAAAGCAGGAUUUGUCUAGUCUAAAAGCUUUACUCCUAUCAAGGAAACAAUUCCCUAGUGCCCCGGCUUCUAUUCCACCAUGGCAGUUGGAUGCGACAAAUGUAAGCCAAGGAAAAGCAACUGAACGAGAGGAUGAUGCUGGAAGUGGAAGUAGUACUAAUAAUUCAGAUAGUUCUUUAGAAAUGAUCCGAGAAGACCCACCCAAAGAGUAAAUUUAGAAAUUUCGUAUAUAAUGAUAUUCUUCAAUGUAUGAUAUAUUCUGCAUAAUAUGUUGAAAUGGAUUAUGGUUUUCCAAUAUUA